CAGUGCAAGUGGAUCUGCAGUCUAUAGCAGCAAAUUUGUGGGGGUUGCCAAUUUUGUGGGGGAUCUGCAGCCUAACAGGGUAGCAAUGGGGAGAAACAGAGCAACAACUAUGCAUUCAUUUUUCAAAAGAAAAAGAGAUGACACAUCUGUUGAAGUUGAAGGUCUUUUGCCUCUUGAAUCUCUACCAUUGGCAUUGCUUGAACAAGAGUAUCAUACUGAGAAUGAAGAACAACAUCAAACUGAAAAUGAAGAAGCAGAACAGCUGAGUGAAAAUGACGAACGACAAACAAAUGAGCCUAUCAUAUUUCGAGGUGUCGAGUUCUUGCAGAGAGAUCCUGCAUUGCGACCACAAAUUUGGCAAUAUCCACCUAAUGUGAGAGAUGAAGUGCGAAGAGCAUACAUGCAACUAGGUCCUAUGCAGCCAAAACUGAAUGAUUACAAACCUUCUGGAAAACCUGGGCAUCAACGGCGUUUCCAAUUCAGUUGGUUCAAGGAUUUUCCAUCAUGGUUAGAAUAUUCUACUAGCAGCCAUCGUGCUUAUUGUUUUUACUGCUUCCUAGGCAACAAAAACAUCAAGAAACGAAGUGGUUUUGAUGUGUUUUCUGCUCAUGGCUUUGACCAUUAGAAAAAAGUUAAAAAUGGAGAAAGGUGUGCGUUCUUGGCUCAUGUUGGAUGUAGUCCUUGUUCACACCACAACAAUACAGUGAGAGAUUGUCAUGCUAUCUUGGAUCAACCAACCCACAUAGUAAACGUUAUGAAGGUUCAAGACAACAAGGAGAAAGAGAGAGAUACUUUGCGGUUAAGAACAUCAAUUGCAGUUGUGAAGUGGCUCACCUUCCAGUCUUGUGCUUUCAGAGGCCAUGAUGAGACACCCGAGUCAAGAAAUCGAGGGAACUUCAUUGAAUUGAUAAAGCUUCUCACAGAAUUCAAUCCCGAAAUUGCAGCUGUAGUUUUAGAGAAUUCUCCUAGGUGUAGCAAAUACACAUCCCAUCAAAUUCAACAAGAGAUAUUGAGUAUUUAUGCACUGAAGGUUAGGCAGUAUAUCCGCCAAGAGAUUGGUGAUUCAAAAUUCUCUAUUCUAGUGGAUUAAACAUGUGAUGCUUCUAAAAGAGAGCAAAUGGCAGUAGUGUUCAGAUUCCCCGAUAAAGAAGGUUUGUUACAAGAACGCUUCUUUGAUCUGAUACAUGUAAAGAACACCAAAGCACUAACAUUAAAGGAAGAGUUGACUGCUUUAUUGUCCAACAAUGGCUUUGAUGUUCAAAAUUUGCGUGGCCAAGGAUACGAUGGGGCUAGCAACAUGAAGGGUGAGUUCAAUGGAUUACAAGCACUUUUCCUCAAAGAUUGUCCGUAUGCUUAUUAUGUACACUGCUAUGCACAUCGCCUGCAACUUGCCCUUGUUGCUGCAGCAAGAGAUGUUGUUCCUAUUAGCCAAUUUUUCCAGAAACUUCUCUACAUCAUAAACAUUGUUGACUCAUCGUCAAAGCGACAUGAUGAGCUACAUGAUGCCCAAGUUGUUGAGAUUGCACGUCUACUUGCAAUUGAUCAGAUUGAGACAAGCAAAGGGGGGAAUCAGAUCAGAGCAUUAAAGCGUCCAGGAGACACUCGAUGGGGGUCACACUUGGGUUCUAUAUCUAGCCUUAUGGAUAUGUUCAACGCAGUAAGUUCUACUCUACAAACUAUAGCUUCUGAUGCUUCUGCUGGUACACACCGAGCUGAUGCAGAUACUGCUUACAACUACUUGAUCGAUUUUGAGUUUGUGUUUGGCCUAUGUAUGAUGAUAGAGAUAUUGCAGAUCAGUGAAGAGCUUGGGAAAGCUUUGCAAAAGAAAAGACAGGAUAUAGUGAAUGCUAUUCGUUUAGUUUCAUCCACAAAGGCCCUUCUAGAAAAACUGAGAUCAGAUAAUGGUUGGGAUAAUUUUUUUUUACUACUGUUGUUGAGUUUUGCAUGGAUCAUGGCAUUGAGAUUCCUGAUAUGGAUGAGCCAUAUAUUUUACGUGGGGGUCGUGCUCGUCGUCAAGCUGAUAAUUUUACCAAAGAGCAUUAUUUCCGAGUGGAGAUAUUUCGAGCAACGUUGGACAACCAAUUGAAUGAGUUAAAUUUGAAAUUCAACGAAAAAGUGAUGGGUCUUUUAUCUGUUAGUGUAACUCUAAUACCAAAAAAUGGGUUUGCAUGUUUCAAUGCUAAAGACAUAUGCAAAAUGGUCGAGAAGUUCUAUCCGGCAGAUUUUACACAUCAAGAGCUAAUUGCAUUGGAGCGUCAAUUGAACCAUUUUGCUUCAGAUGCUUCUAAUAAUGAAGAUCUAAAGAAGCCAACAACUUUGAUUGCACUUUGUAGAUGCCUUUUUGUGACAGGACGGUAUAGGAUCUAUAACAUGGUUGAUAGGUUGAUUCGUUUGCUUAUCACUCUUCCGGUUUCCACUGCUAGUGCUGAGCGUGCAUUCUCUAGCUUGAAGAUUAUCAAGACAAGGCUGCACAACACAAUGGAAGAUGAGUACCUCGCCAAUAGCUUGCUUAUACAGGUUGAACGGGAACUUGCAAAAAAAUUCAACUUUGAAGAUAUAAUUGCUGAUUUUAAAGAUCGGAAGAAGAGGAGAGCAAAUCUUGAAUGAAUCACGUACUCCAUGUUGUCUAACUAUCCAUGUUUGAUUCGUCUUUUGCUAAAUGGUUAGGAGGUUGCUAAAUGCCUAAAUAUGCUUGGGUGCUCUUAGACUGCUAUAUAUAUUCUCCAA